AUGACAGUAGCUGGAGGAGUAGAUAAUAUCGGAAACGGAGUUGGAUAUGGAGAUGAAAAUGGAAGUGGAAGUGGAGUAUUAGGAAUACCGGUAGCUUCUUCAUCUUCAGCUUCUGGAAAUGUAGGAGGACCACUAAUCGGAUUCGGUACCGGCAACGGAAAUGGAAAUGGAAAUGGAAAUGGAAGUGGAAGUGGAAGUGGACAUUGGAAUCCACCAAUACCUUCAUUGGCUUCAUUACCUGUUGACAGAUCGAAGACGGAUCCCAAACCUGCUUAUUAUAAAUUACAAUUCGGUGAUGAGGUGACUGGAUUCUCAUACUAUGUCAGAACUUUGGCUGUUAUGAUUGGGAGGAAUUGUGAACGUAAUGGAGCUGUACUACCACCACCUUCGAUAACGACACCUUCUGUACCUAUAAAUCCACCUUUGGAUCCUAAUCAACCUUCACCACCAAUUUCAAACUCCUUUGAAUUAGAUCAUCAAUUUAUAACAGAGGGAAUAUCCAAUGCACAUUCCAUAAUUGAGUUUCCAACUCCACCAAUCCCACAACAACAUUCGUUCUCUUUACCACCUCAAACGCCACCCCAAGCUUCUUCAACGCCUCUCUCGACCGAUUUACUCAGUCAAGAAUUUUUAAAUCAACAACGUUCACACAGUGAAGGUAUAUUAGAUAAUAACAAUAAUGGUUAUUUCCCAGCAGAUUUGUCCUUCUUGCAAGACGAAGAUUAUCCUAUCAUUGAUAUGGGUGAAUUUGGUGUUUUGGAAGAAUUAGCAGAAGCUGUUAAAAUUGAACAAAAUCUACAAGAAUCAAGUGUUGAACCUCCACAAUCUCAUCAUUCAUCACAGUCACAUUCACAUUCACAUUCGCAUUCACAAUCGAUACCACCUCUUGUUCAAGAAGAUCAAGAUCAAAAUCAAAAUCAAAAUCAAAAUCAAGAGGAAUCUUUCGUGAAGAUUGAAGAACAACCUCAACAGGAUCAUCAGUUGAUGGAUCUUGAUUCUCGUCAAAAUUCAGAAAAUCUUCUUGAGCCUGUCGAAAACGAUCCAGUCAAACUUGAACAUCUCGAUGAUUUACCUUUCUUACCACCACCAUCGCCACCACCACCGCCUCCACCCCCAAUGAAAUCGUCGGCACCAGUAGAUCAUGUUGAUGUAGAUCUCGGUCCCCUGAAAUCUGUGUCCAGGAAUCAUGCCAAAAUCGAAUACAGAGCAGAUUUGGGUCAUUUUUGCCUUGAAAUUUAUGGAAGAAACGGUGCUUGGGUGGAUGAUAGAUAUUUUGUCAAAGGCUCAAUCGUACCUCUUGCUCAAGGCUCUCAGAUCCAAAUUGCGACUCGAAUAUUCUCAUUCGUGUUGCCUCCAUCCCCAGUCUCGUCCCCUACCUAUACGCAAUAUGCUUUUGAUGGGGAGGGAGCUCAAGGUCACGAAGACUUGCCUUAUCCUUAUAAUCUACCCCCUAGCGAAGUUGGGUAUCAAGAAUUUUAUGGGGAGCCUGGUCCCGGACCAUCUUCUGCGGCUUCCAUGGCCACUCGUGCACCACCGGCAUUCAACGCUUUCGCUGCUGCCGAUGGGUAUGGACUUGGCAUAGAAGGAGUGGGAGAAGCAAGCUGGGCAGGGUGGGGUUCGGAUGAUGAUAGCGAUGACGAUUUGGAUGAAAGUGGUGAAGAAUGGAUAGAGGAAGAUGCUGCAGGUGGACAAAUUGAUAAGAAUCUGCCCAUCGUCGAUCCGCCAUCAGUGACCACUGUGACGAAAAAGGAAAAGGAUAAAUCGAAAUCAAAGUCGAAAUCAAAAUCUGCUAAAAUCGGGUUGGUCCCUGGAGAGGAUGAAUCGGAAUUGUCAUCUGUUGCAAGUGAACCUGAAGAGGAUAAGAAGAAGAAAGUUAAGAAGCAAACUUCAACUACGAUACCAAAAGCUAAACCCAUCGCUCCUGCACCCACAUCUGUCCCUGUCGCUGCUCCCACUCCCGCUCCUGCUCCAGCUGCUACUCCGGUACCUGUAUCAAUCCCCGAGCCUACUCCUGCUGCAGAUCCUGCACCUAUCGCGACACUAGCAGCGGCGACGGAGACGACCAUCCCCUUGGUCGCGGAGAAAAGCGCAAAGGCUAUGGAAAAGCCUAGUACUGAAGAUAAAUCUGAGAAACAACCACCUAAAGAGAAGAAAGCAGACGGGACUGUGAAGAAGAAGAAGAAGAAACCCAAAACGGAGGAUGGAACUGUCAUUGAGAAGGCUCAAGAGGUUCAGCCGACUUUGGCGAGUAUUAUGGAGGGGAAAGAUACUACUGCAACGCCGACGAAGAAGUCAAAGAAAGCCAAAACUACUGAUUCUGCUAUUGCGAAAACAGCUGCUGCAGAAGAGGAAGUCAAACCUGUUGUGACGGAGAAGAAGAAAAAGAAGAAGAAGCCUAAAACAGACACAGCUGAUACAGCUACUGGUGUCAAGACUGUCGAGCCAUCUGCUGCUGCUCCAAUCAAUCCGGCUGAACCUCCCACUUUGGCUGCCGCCCUUCCCCCUCCUCCUGUACCUGCUCCUCACACGCCACUGCCCGUGCCCACUCUCGCGGCUGUCCUGGGUACAGCUCCUCCGAUCAAAGCACCUCCAUCAACGCCAUCUGCACCCACACCUGCAACACAGCAGCCUAAUGUCCGACCUCCCGGACAACCCAUACCGGUACGACCAAGUCAACCUCCACAAUCAGGUCCGCCGGGUCAAACUGGCCAAAUUUCAGUUCAUCCUGUGACUGGUCAACCUAUGCCGCCUCGUCCUCCAAUGCAAGGUGUUCGACCUCCUCCUCUUCACCUUCAACAUCCGAAUGCCCAACACGUGCGUCCACCUCAGCCUGGACAAUCACAUCCUCAUCAGAACCUGCCACCUGGGCAACAGCUACAACAUCCCCAACCCCAGCUGUAUUCUCAUGUUUCGAGUCAACAACCGUAUCCCUUACAAAUGGGUCGUCCUCCCCCUCCUCCCGGUCACCCCAUGCAUGCUCAACGGAUCCCGACUCCGCCUACCGGUCCUCCGUCUCCUACGCCAAUGGCCCCUUUCUACUGUACGGAGCUUAUCGAGACUCCUGGUCAACCAGGCCAUAUUAUCGUUAACGUGCCUAUCCCUCCUUCAGGUGCGGGACCUAGACCACCCCCAGGCCCUAUACUUGGUCUCGAUGGGAAACCGUUUGUUGGACCACCUCCCCUCAAACCGACUUCGACAUUCGCCACGAUCAUUCAUCGAUCUCUUCAGUGUCUUCCUCGUGGCCGAGGUACUCUUGGAGAAGUUUGUAAUUGGGUUGCAGGUGAAUGGGAGUGGUUUCGACUGAAUGUUGAUUCAGGAUGGCAAAAUUCGAUUCGACAUAAUCUCUCACUCAAUAAAGCCUUCUUAAAGGUGUCUCGUAUACCAGAGGACGAUCCUGAGUCCAAAGGUUCCGUGUGGAUUAUCGAUCCUGAAGAAGGUCCCCUAUUUGAGGAGAAGCAGAAACGCGAUGCAAUGAAAUCAGCGAGUAAAGACAAGAAUGCUGAAUCACGUCGGGAGAAAGAACGAGUCCGAGCGGAAGAAAGAGCAAAGAAACAACGUGAAGCUGCUAUCGAAGCCGCUCGGAACCCUCAACCGCAAAUGAUUCCACGUGCGAUACCUGUGGCUCCAAGACCGAUCGCUAGACCAAUCCCGAUCUCUCAACCAUCCGCUCCUCCAGCUCCGCCUGCACCAGUCUCAGCGAAUGCCAAAGGUAUCUUACAGCCUAAAGCGAAGAUCGUUGUUGUGAUGCAACCAAUCACACCUGCUAUGCGAGCCAAAUCGGUCAUAUCCACAAGCGACGCAAAUGGCAAUCCUUUACCUUUUGUUUGUGACGGUACAACAUUGGUGUUGGACCAAUCAACUUUCGGUCAUUUAACAACGGAUAUCCUUGAUAAGUUAACCCUUCUAGGUGCCGCUGGUGCGGUGGAUGUACUGUCAGCUUGGGUCAUCAACAAGAACAAACAGCAAGCUACUAAAGCCGCUCAAGCUAAAUCAGGCGUUACUCCCACUCCUGCAAACGCUCCUAAGAAUGGGACGAUUGUCAAUAACAAUACCACUAGACCUGGCGUUACUCCUCCUGCGACUGCCGGCGUCGCAAGUGCAAGACCGAUCCCUGCUCAUUCUCAACCUGCUACUAAACCUGUACCACCUGGUCAGCCGCCAGCUAAACCAGUAGUCAAUCAACCCGUCAAACCUGCUGUCGGAAGUAAACCAUUACCUGGACCUGCACCUCCCGGAACAAGUCUGACAAAAGUCAUAGGAAUGAUAGCUGCUGUAGCUAAUGCCAAGGGAGAUGUAAACACCGUUGGCCCAAAUGCAAGUGCGCUUUUGAGGUAUAUUAGAGUAGUGGGAGUGGAUAUCGAUUUGAGGGUUGCGGAAAGGAUUUGGGCAACGGGCGUCGUACCUCCUUUACCUCAGAAGAAAGGUGUCGCUGCCAAACAAGCUACACCAGGAGUAGCUUCGACCAAUGGAGCUGUCAAAACUGCUUCUGCGGGAACUACCCCUGUUCCAGCAUCGACCACAAACUCAGCGGCCACCACUAAUGUACCGAAACCUUCACCCGGUCCAGGCGUGCCAGCUCCGUCAAUAGCAGCUAACUCGGGUUCAACAGCAGCCGCAAGCGUCAAGCCUUUGAUUGCGCAGUCAACCGCUACUUCGGUACCACCACCAGCUACGCCCGCACCUGCAAUUGCGCCCGCCCUGAGUCUGAAGAGAAAAUUAGAAGAUGGUGGAUCAAUUCCAAAUGGGAUUCCUGCGGCUGUACCGUCAGUUGCGUCUACCGCUCUACCUUCGUCAGCUGCAGCUGCAACAAAUGGUAGUAUAGAACAACAAGAAGCUAAGAAACCUCGUUUGGAAAGUACGGGAGCAUAA